AUGCACAGAAGCAAUGAAUUAGAAAUGUCACUCUCCGAGCGCCGGCUCUGGAGGCGGAUCUGGUGGACUCUGUACACCAGAGACCGUGCCAUGGCUGCCGCAUAUGGCAGGCCUAUUAGCAUAGAUGCGGAUCUCACCAACGUAGAUACUAUCACGCAGGAUGAUUUUAUCGAGAGUGAAGGGCACCAGCCUGACUCGGUUCAAGUCCAAUUCUUCAUCCAGUACGUCAAACUAUGUGAGCUGAUGGACCUAGUUGUUGGCCGACGGAGAAGAGCUGGAUCACUUACAGAAUCUGAAUUCGCUCAAUGGGAGAUUCGUCUUAGCCGAUGGAUGAUGCAAUGCCCUGAACAAAUGCACUGGGCCCAAGCACGCCAUAGCUUUUGGCCUGCUAUUCUACAUUCCAUCUAUUUGUAA